CAUGGGCAAUGAGUUUCGAUAUAUUGGGUGUCUCCGUAUUUAUAGAAGCUUUAAUUUUCGUGCUUAUCCUAAUUGUUGGUUUAGUUUAUGCAUGGCGAAAAGGAGCAUUGGAAUGGUCUUAAUUCCCGAAGAUUCCGACAAAAAAAAGAAGAUUGAAACAGUUAUGAAUUCCAUUGAGUUUCCACUGCUUGAUCAAAUAGCCCAAAAUUCUGUUAUUUCAACUACAUCAAACGAUCUUUCAAAUUGGUCAAGACUCUCAAGUUUAUGGCCGCUUCUCUACGGUACCAGCUGUUGCUUAUUAAUAGGCUCACGAUUUGACUUUGAUCAUUAUGGACUCGUACCAAGAGCGAGCCCUAGACAAGCGGACCUAAUUUUAACAGCCGGUACCGUAACAAUGAAAAUGGCGCCUUCCUUAUUUAGAUUAUAUGAGCAAAUGCCUGAACUAAAAUAUGUUAUUGCUAUGGGAGCAUGUACAAUUACAGGGGGGAUAUUCAGUACCGAUUCUUAUAGUACUGUUCGAGGAGUUGAUAAAUUAAUUCCCGUGGAUGUCUAUUUGCCGGGCUGCCCACCUAAACCCGAAGCAGUUAUAGAUGCUAUAACAAAACUUCGUAAGAAAAUAUCUCGGGAAAUCUAUGAAGAUAGAAUUAAGUCUCAACCGAAGAAUCGAUGUUUUACUAUCAAUCACAAGUUUCGUGUUGGGCGGAGUAUUCAUACCGGAAAUUAUGAUCAAGCAUUAUUAUAUAAAUAUAAAUCUCCAUCGACUUCAGAGAUUCCUCCUGAAACAUUUUUCAAAUACAAAAACGCAGCAUCUUCCCGCGAAUUAGUGAAUUAA